AAAGGUUUUGCUAAUUCGUCGGCUUAUUUUCGUUCAAGCUUCUGCAAAUCCCCAGAUUUGGUCUCUUUUUUUAGUAUUGAAGAAUCAUGAUGAAUUCAAUCUUCGGAAAGCGAAAAACUCCCGCAGAACUUCUGCGGGAAAACAAGCGGAUGCUCGAUAAGUCUAUCAGAGAGAUAGAGAGGGAGAGACAAGGCCUUCAAACACAAGAAAAGAAACUCAUUAACGAGAUUAAAAAGACCGCAAAGCAGGGCCAGAUGGGAGCUGUUAAAGUGAUGGCAAAGGAUCUUAUAAGAACUCGGCACCAGAUUGAGAAGUUUUACAAGCUUAAAUCGCAACUUCAAGGUGUAUCUCUCAGGAUUCAGACUCUGAAAUCUACACAAGCGAUGGGCGAGGCGAUGAAAGGUGUGACUAAAGCAAUGGGGCAAAUGAACAGACAGAUGAACCUGCCAUCUCUGCAGAAAAUCAUGCAAGAAUUUGAGAGGCAAAACGAGAAAAUGGAGAUGGUAUCUGAGGUGAUGGGAGAUGCUAUUGAUGAUGCUUUGGAAGGAGAUGAGGAAGAAGAAGAGACUGAAGAUCUUGUUAGCCAAGUCCUUGACGAGAUCGGUAUCGACAUCAACCAGGAGCUGGUGAAUGCUCCAUCUGGUGCGGUAGCAGUACCAGCAGCAAAGAACAAGGUGGUACAAGCUGAAGCGACCGGAGCUGAGGACAGCGGAGGUAUAGAUAGUGACCUUCAAGCAAGGUUGGACAACCUUCGAAAAAUGUGAAGCCUUUCCGGUUUCUGUAUCAUACUAUUACUGAGGCUGAUAACUUUUCGACUUCAAAGGCAAAUGUUGCAAACGAUAUGUUAACGUUUUGGGGGUGGGUUUGUAAUAAUAUCAUAAUUUGAGC